AUGCCCAAUCCCAAACUCGGUAUCGAAGAAAAGCUUGGGAAAUGGGCACAGGAGCACAAGUGGCUCGUGAGCAAGAGAGAACAUGAUGUCCUUCUCUAUCGUUGCAGUAUCUGUGCGUUGAACCCUGCUGCGGGUAGAUGGAGCACUUGGCGAGAUGCGGAGAGACUACAAAAGUCAACGGUCGUCACUCACUUGAACGACAACAACCACAAGGAUUCAAUUAAGCUUGCUGCUACCCGAGACACCAACAACGCUUACUGGCGGAAUCAAGCAUCUCGAGUGGAUCAGGAGGAAGACCAAAAGUUGAUGAGCGACACACCCCUCGUGCAAUGUGCGUUGUGGUUGGCCCGUGAGGAAGUGAGCAUCCAGAAGUUUGAAUCGUUGGCGGAUCACUGCAAGGCCGUUGGAGCUCCAGUGUCUACAGAGUUCCACUCUUCCCGUUAUUCAUCGUGGGAAUUCACCGAAGCAAUUGAUAUCGUGGUCAUGCGGAAGAAUGCAGAAACCAUCAGAGCCUCGGCGAUGCACAGUGGUAUACUUGAUACCACAAAUGAUAGAGAUGAAUGGCUGGCAGUGUUAGCUCGCUGCGUGCUCAGCAAUGCUCCCGGCACUGCAGAUUCCGUCGAGACGGUCCUGUGGGAUAUCAUAAGCGUUCCUGACGGAAAGUCGGCUACCAUCUCUGCGGCCAUCCGCCAACUCCAUAACAGAGAUGGUGUCAGUUUAUCUAAAUGCCUGGGAUGGACCUCGGAUAGAUGCCAGGCCAUGCUUACCGCAGCCGACAACGUCAUAACCGACGAGCGCGAUGGAGGAUGGUUGGUAUGCUACUGUGCCGCACACCGUCUGGAUUUGGCAGUGUCUACAGAUAGCUGGAAGAACAGUCCUUUGUGUCGACGGAUUGAGCGGUGCCUGCGCAUCGCGUAUACUAUUUUUAACCGUUCCGGUCAACGCCGGAGAGAACUGAAGGCCCUGGAAGUUGCCUAUGGGAGGAUCCUAAUCCCAACCGCCUUGCAAGAUGUGAGAUGGCUGUCGAAACUAAACUGCUUGCAAGUACUGGUAUCGUCGAAGGAUGCCAUAGCGGAGUACCUAACCAGCAAGCCCAACCUUUUGAGGGACAAUGCUGAUUACGAGUUUCUCCUCGAGACUAUCGAUGACUAUUCCGAGGAGAUGAUGAUGGUUGUCCAACUUCUUCGACCAUGUGGCAUCCUGACUAAAAGAUUGCAAGAACGGAAGCUUGACCUUUGGGCCGCUCUUGCCCUCCUGGAUUCAACUAUUGUGCAGCUGAAGGCGAUCGACAACUUGAGUGAUGAAGUGCGAGGCCUGCGCCUGCGUUUCGCCGUCGAUUGCAUCUACACUUACCUGCACUCAUACGUAUAA